ACAUCAGUUGUUUAAAAUGUCUCCCUAACAACCGAACUGGGAGCCCAACAGCAGAAGUUUUCGCUGGACAAAGGCCUCGUAAGUAACUCCCGUCUGUGUGUCCGCCUCCGUCACUCCGUCUUUAUGAUCUACCGACGACACGCUGAGUCGGAAUGGCUGGGACUGGCGAGGGAAAGAAAGAGGAGGCCGACUACAAGAGACUGCACAGCUUCCCUCUCAUCAGGCACACGGACAUGCCGGAGGAAAUGAGGGUUGAGACCAUGGAGCUUUGUGUCACAGCCUGUGAGAAGUUUGCCACCAACAAUGAGAGUGCAGCGAAGAUGAUCAAGGAGUCAAUGGACAAGAAAUUCGGCAGUUCGUGGCACGUGGUGAUCGGUGAAGGCUUCGGCUUCGAGGUCACACACGAAGUGAAGAACCUGCUGUACAUGUUCUUUGGAGGGAGUCUGGCUGUGUGUGUGUGGAAGUGCUCGUAGCACCUCCUCGCGGUCCCUCCUCCCCUCUGACCUGGUCACUGGGCUGGGAAUGAACACCAGCUGCCAGCCAAGAUGCUGAUCACACUUCUGUCGCGGCGGGUUAGUUUGUCCACACCGCCAGCCACUGUGGCAGAUAAUAAACCAUCAGUUGGAAAUCUUGUCCAGUUCGAAAGUGUAGUUGGAAGGUAAACUUUGAGUGCAGCAGUCACUUUGGCUGGUAGGCAUUAAAAAUAGCUUCCUGCCUUGUCCGUCACUUUUCCUUUUCCCUCUUUGUUUUCGACUCUCCGUCCGUCUCUGAAGCCGCGCCCGUGGUCCUGAACGUUUGUGAGCGUGCAUGUGCAAGAACGUGAGCUCAACUUUUACAAACAAUACAGCCAGCCAGGGUCUCCAAAGUCCUUUAUCCUCAUUCCUCUUCAGGGAGCGUGUGUGUGUGCGAGUGAGUUUAUAUGUUCGUGUGUGCUGGACACACACUGUUUUUUGAAAAUUACAUCUCAUCGUCACCUCCCUCAGCAGUUUGUGCAACAGUAAACUGUCCACAUCAUCUGUGACUUUUCACACGUGUCUUUCUCUCUUUCUCUCUCUCUCUCUCUCUCUCCAACCGCACUAGUCUUUCAAUAAAAUUUUUAAUAUUUUUUAUGUGUACAUAUUUUGAUGCGACUUGAAAAACUUCUUUUUAAAGACCAGUGUCAUCUUCUUACAACUGAAAGGCUCAAGAGUCUCCUGAGCCGAACGAACACUACACCUGAUCCACCUUUUCUCCCUGUAAAGGUGUUUGUAAUAAUCCCUAUUAAUAUCCCCCCUCGCUGGGUGAUAUUAGCAAUGUGAUUGUUUUCAUGUUGAUGCCAGUUUUUAAUGAUCCAGUGCAAUGGAUCAUUUUGUGUGACUUGACCUGAUUGUACAAUAAACUCUGAAAUGUGGUGAAAUAUGAA